UAUAGUAUUUUAAUCCACACUGUUGAAGUUGUUAAUGAAUAAAACAAUAACUUUAUAAAAUAAGAAGUGACUCCAGCCCACCGAGCAGUAAUGUGUGCCACUGGAAGCCCCCCAGUUAGAGAGUUGGCUUGAGUUUAGUUUGUCAUAUUUAACUCCAGUAAUGUCUCUGUGUGAAAGUCCAGCAGAGCUGCUGCUGAUGGGAGUGGAUGUGUGUGGAGCCUGAGGAGAGAUGAGUAAUGGUGUACUGGUGGGGGUGAUGGUGGGGGUGUUGGGUGACGUGGGUAAGUGGACAGUGAGAGGGUAUAAAAGAUGCCCCGCGUGGAAAAGAAGGUCGAUAAAAGCCACCAGUGAACCUUCAGCAGCUCCGCGUCUCCGAGACUCCGCAGACCCGAUGUCCGGUUCCAGGCUGUGUCCAGUGGCGCUGCUGCUGCUGUGCGGGGUGUGCGUGUGCGUGAGUGAGGGCUCUCUGCAGAGGGACUAUGGGGUGAAACUGUGCGGCAGGGAGUUCAUCAGAGCCGUUAUAUUCACCUGCGGAGGGUCCCGGUGGAGGAGGAGUGUGGAUCAAGACCCGGAGAGACUCGACCAGAGCAGUCCUUUCCUGCUGUCCUCCAACCAGAACCCUUCAGACAGAACCGGAGAGUCCAUCUGGACCCAAAGCAACAAACCGCCCUCUUUCCUCUCCUCCUCCUCCUCUCCUUCCCUCAGCGAGCUUCUCCAGGCCAUGGGCGAGCAAACUGAGAGUGACCGAGUGGAGCCGAACCCCUCUGAGGACCUGCUGAGAGACGGAGGGAUCAGGACCUGGCUGGAUGCGCUGCUUCCUUCUGGACGCUUCAGAAAAAUGGACAUCAGCUGGUCGAGUCCGGACAGAAAGAAACGCAACUUCUCCUUAGGCUUGGCUGGAAUGUGCUGCAACCAGGGCUGCACCAAAAACGACAUCGGCCGCCUCUGCUGAGGAAUGGACGGAGGUACAGAUGGACAGAUGGGGGGUUUGGAUGGAGGGAUUAAGUACGGAAAGUGUGUUCCAGGACUUUACACUCUCAAAAAGUGUUAAUUAACCCCUUAAAAUAUAUUA